AUGACAGACGCUUACGUUCUAAAAUCAUUGCGAUUUAACAUUGUUCAUCAAAAAUUAUUAUUUUCCAAACGAUCGAUGACCCGAAGGCUCAAAAAGCCUUCUCAUCUCGCAAUUGGACCAUCAUCAGAAUUGAAUCGUCGCAAAAAGCCAAGUGCGACGGCAUCGGCUACUUGGAGACAGUUAGCUCCACCUGAUUCGUCCUCGGCACAAGGCGAGGAAGAUCAAUCAGUAAUUUCAAUUGAAGAAUCUGAAGUUGAAGGCGAAGACAUGAGCUCAAGCGAAGAAGUAUCCUGGAUCACGUGGUUUUGCGGUUUGCGGGGCAAUGAAUUCUUUUGCGAGGUUGAUGAGGAGUACAUCCAGGAUCGUUUCAACCUCACUGGUCUCAACGAACAGGUGCCGAAGUAUCGUCAAGCUCUUGACAUGAUUUUGGAUCUCGAGCCAGAAGAUGACAUGGAAGACAAUCCAACCAACUCUGACCUCGUCGAACAAGCUGCUGAAAUGUUGUACGGACUCAUUCAUGCUCGCUACAUCUUGACAAACCGUGGGAUUAGUCAGAUGGUGGACAAGUGGCGUGAUCACGACUUUGGGACUUGUCCUCGUGUCUACUGUGAGAAUCAGGCCAUGCUUCCGAUUGGACUCUCUGAUGUGCCCGGCGAAUCAAUGGUGAAACUCUACUGUCCUCGUUGCUGCGAUGUUUAUGUUCCAAAGUCGAGCAAGCAUCAACACACUGAUGGUUCGUAUUUUGGUACCGGCUUUCCACAUAUGUUGUUCUUCGUUCAUCCAGAAUUGCGCCCUCGCAAACCAUCGAAUGCUUUUGUGCCAAGGCUCUAUGGAUUCAAAAUCCACCCGCUUGCCUACAAUCUUCAAUAUCAACAGGCUCCAAACGGACCUGCCGUCGUGCCGAGUGGACAGCCGGGGGAAGUGAAUGCAUCUGGCCUUCUCAACCGUUUACAAGAUCCAGAGGAGAUGAACCGUUGGGAGGUAUCAGCAUCGAUCGUACUGCUAUCCUGGGCCGCCUGUGCGCUGUGGCUGGUGCUCUUCAAACUU